AUGUUGCUGGGUGACAAGGCGGUGGUGUCGAAGCGAAGUGCAAGGCCAUAUGUCGAGUAUGAUAUGGGAAAAGAGACGCAAGAGGACCAACCAAGCCGAAUGGCUAAACAAGAAGAAGCGGAAUUGGGCGAGGCAGACAGAAGGCAUUCGAUCUCGACGGGGACAGUCCACAGCAGUCAAACGAGCUUUGAGGCGUCACCCCUUGUCCGCCCCGCAGAUGAAGAGUCUGAGGAUGGAGCUUCGUGGCUGGCAACUCGAGACCGACGAGGGGGUGACGUUGAUCUCUCGGACGCGUUCCACCCGCCCGCGACAACUACCCACCCCGCCUAUUCGAUCACGGAGCUAGUCGAGAAUCUCCCAGCCGGGACGCGACCUGCCAACUUUGGUAUUGUCGUACCAGGGGUUUAUCGAAGCAGUUUUCCGCAAUCAGAGGACUAUGCUUUUAUUGAGGGCUUAAAACUUAAAACGAUCAUCACCCUUGUUCGAAAGGAGUUCCCUGAAGGCCAUGAAGCCUUCAUCAAAAAGAACAACAUUAGACAAUGUGUGAUCGACAUGAAGGGCACUAAGAAAGAGGAUAUUCCCAUCAAGACAAUGAAGUCGAUCCUCCGUCUAGUUCUGGACCGGCGGAACCACCCUCUCCUUAUUCACUGCAACCAUGGCAAGCACCGCACGGGAUGUGUUGUUGCCGUUGUCCGAAAACUUUCCGGGUGGGACCUCGGCAGCAUCAUUAGCGAGUACAAGAGCUACGCGGACCCCAAGGCUCGCGAUUGUGAUAUUACCUACAUCACUGGUUUUGACCUCGCAAACAUAUCGAAUCUUUUUCGAGAAGCAAGCUGGCCCUUUCGGACUGAGAGGUUUUUGCGAGCAACCUUCUUUGCCUUUGUCAUGAUUCUUAUUUGGCUAGGCUCAAGCACCAGGAUAGCCACGGCACCGAACCGGAAAUUGCCGAAGUGA